UCCGGUAUGUUUUCCCUGUGAAGAGGAAGCGCGAGAGGUUGCACAGCCAUCGUGAGCAGCUGGAGGUAAGUGUACUGCAGAAGACGGGCGGUAGGAACUUUUUUCUGCUCUCUACUGCCGCUUAUUUUCGCGUAAAGCUAUCGUUCACGUCACUAAAUUGCUGAUACAACAGGAAUAAAUACAGGUACACUAGGACGUGGGAUAAUUUUAUCCACUGCACGGAUCAUGAUUAACAAGCCGGCGUGAUCAUGAUGAUGUCAGAUGAUGAUGAAGCAGAAGAUUCCAAUGAAUGGACGGUGCCGGGUGUUGGAGUCCAUUUUUGGAAAGAGCCCUGAGGUUUUUCUUCCACUGCUGACUGCUUGCUGUCUGCUGAGAUAGCUCUAAGUUCCGCUUCCCCGAAGAUGACGGAGCCUGAACUGCUGACGGAGGUGCCCGCUGCCUUGAAGCGGCUGGCCAAGCAGGUGGUGCGGGGCUUCUAUGGUGUGGAGCACGCGCUCGCCCUGGACAUCCUGAUUCGCAACCCAUGCGUGCGUGAGGAGGACAUGCUGGAGCUGCUGAAGUUUGAUCGCAAGCAACUGCGUUCUGUGCUCAACACACUUAAGGGUGACAAGUUUGUUAAGUGUCGCUUGCGUGUGGAGACUGCUCCUGAUGGCAAGGCCACCAGGCACAACUAUUACUUCAUUAAUUACCGCAUGCUGGUGAAUGUGGUCAAGUACAAGUUGGACCACAUGCGUCGACGCAUUGAGACUGAUGAGAGGGACUCCACCAACCGUGCUUCAUUUCGUUGCCCUUGCUGUUUCAGUACCUUCACAGACCUGGAGGCCAACCAACUUUUUGAUCCUAUGACAGACACUUUCCGUUGCACAUUCUGCCAGACGGAAGUGGAGGAAGACGAGUCAGCGGUGCCGAAGAAGGACGCGCGGACACUGGUUGCUCGUUUCAAUGAACAGAUUGAGCCCAUCUACGUACUGCUGCGCGAGACGGAAGAUAUUAAUUUGUCUCAUGAGCUGUUGGAACCAGAGCCUGCUGAAAUCCCUGCACUAAAGCAGAAUCGUCAGGCUGUUGCACAUGCUAUGGGUGGAUCAGCCGGUGCAGCUGGGUCAGGUGGGCCACAUCGGGAGGCCUGGUCUACAAAGGGUUCGACGUAUGCUGACCUGUACACGCAGAAUGUGGUAAUCAGCGUGGAGGAACAGGAGGAACCCCGGCGGUUGGCAGCUGAGGGCAAGGCGCCUAAGGAACGUCCUGUGUGGCUGACGGAAAGUACCGUGCAGGGAGCCUAUAGCGAACCAGAUCACCUUCACAACCCUACCGAGGACAUGGCUGGACUCCGGGAGGGUGAGGCAGGCCGUGACGUGCAGUUUGAUGAGAAUGAGGAGGUCAUGCGGGCCCUGCUGAUCCACGAGAAGAGGGGUGUGGGUGGAGCUGUGGCAGUGGGAGGGGCUGUGGCUGGCAUGCGCCCCUCUAUGACCAAUGCCAGCGACUCGGAGAGUGACACCAGUGAAUCGGAUGAGGACUCCCCACCGCGGCCUCAGCCCCAUCCCACAGCACAUGUCCAGGGGGAGGAUGAUGAGGAUGAUGAUGAGGACUUUGAGGAGGUGGGGGAGGAUGAACACAUGGUCCUGGUUGCUGGCAGGCCAUUCUCCUACCGUGAGGUGAGCCAGCGCCCGGAGCUGGUGGAGCAAAUGAGCGCGCAGGAGAAGGAGGCCUACAUUAAAAUGGGCCAGGACCUUUUCCAGGACAUGUACUUUUGAAACCACUUUGUUUGUGAAAACAUGUUGUUUCUUCCUGUCCCUCAGGUUGUUCAUACUUCCUGUCCAUCUUGUUGUGGAGGGCAGAAUCAGAAUAUCUCACAACUUCUCUGUAGUUUGCUUCCACACUAAGGUUGACUAUUUUUAGCUGACUGCUUUUCACAAGUGUAGUAAAUGUCACCCUGUUCAUAUUUAAUGCUUUUCUUUUUUAUUUUGUGUAAAGGUCUCUGCUACUCAGGCAGUCUUUUUUUCAAUGAAUUUACUUAGCCUCUGAAUAUUAGAGGAAGUUGCUGAAGGUGCUAAGGGGUUAACUCAUCCAAGUUCUGUAUAAUGCUCCAGAACAUCGUCUUUUUUUUCCAGAGGCCUGUUGGACUUGUGCCUCCUCUGAGCCAGCCAUCAGUCCUCGUGCUCAUAGCAAGUAUUUGACCUUUCUCGGGAUCACUCUGUCUUGCAGCAUAGCAGUGGUCACCAAUUGAAGAGCAAUUUGCGCUCAUUUGAAGCUGCUGCCCCAGACAAGUGGGCAAAGUGUAAUAACCAAACACUGUCUUUGUUGGAUCUGCUUAAGCCUCAGCUUAUCUAGGUUUUGUCAUGCUGUAGCUCAUUCAGGACUCUCAGCCUUCCAAGGCUUGUCCCAGCCAUCUUUACCCCAGGCAGAUUUUUGAAAUGGUUCUCUCUCUUGAAAGUAGAAGGAAUGAAUGAAUUGUAUUAAUUCAGCGGUUGUCACUGUAGCCUCCAGGCCUGCUUCUGCAUGAGGAAGAGCUAAAGGUUAUGGCAGCACUGUCAUGCUGACUUUAGGUCCACCAGAAUUUCACAUGCCCCAAUCCAGAGGCCAUCAGUUUAUAAGGUACAGGACAACACGGAAUACUUGUAUAAAAUUUCCUCUUACAUAUACAGUGUUUUACAGAACACAAAAAUUGUACUUUAGAGUUGGAACAUAUUUAAGGUAAGCAUAUACUAAGUGUUAACUUUUAUUGUUAUAAAUUGGAUGUCUUGUUCUGUUGGUAUAAUUUGUGAUUUGCAGCAGCUAAUUUUAAUGUCUACACACAUCUGGAUGAUCUGAUCUCCUGAAGCGGGAUUGGGGGACUGGUCAUCUGAAGGAACGGAUCUUACAAACAAUAAAUGUAUGCGCUUCCAGUGCUCUUAGUACCUCAGUGCAUUUCUACCCCUCUGUUAUAAAGCCUUGGAAGUGCACAAAACUGUUUCUGUUUAUUUCUUGUAAGGAAUCUAAUGUAUCUCAACUACAUGGUUUAAUUCUGCACUGAUUACGGCAAAGUGGAUUUCUACAUACUGUUGUAACUUUUCCACUUACAUGUAAUCUUCCAUCAAG